UUCCGGGGGACUUAGGUAAUCAGUUGGAAGCAAAGUUAGAUAAGCCAUCAGUAGUGCAUUAUCUCUGCUCUAAGAAGACAGACAGUUAUUUUACACUCUGGCUGAAUUUAGAAUUGCUUCUGCCUGUCAUCAUUGACUGCUGGAUUGAUAAUAUCAGGCUGGUUUAUAAUCGAACAAGUAAGAUUACAGAACCACCAGAUGGAGUGGAUAUCAGAGUCCCAGGUUUUGGACAGACGUUUUCCUUGGAGUUCCUUGAUCCAAGUAAAAGGAGCGUUGGCAGUUACUUUUAUAUGCUGGUGCAGAGUUUAGUAGACUGGGGCUACAAACGUGAUGAAGACGUAAGAGGAGCUCCUUAUGACUGGCGAAAGGCACCAAAUGAGAAUGGAGACUAUUUUGUGGCCCUUCGCAAGAUGAUAGAGUUAAUGUAUGAGCAGUAUGGAAGUCCUGUGGUCUUAAUUGCUCACAGUAUGGGUAACAUGUAUACCCUCUACUUCCUCAACCAGCAGACUCAGGAUUGGAAAGACAAGUACAUAAAGGAUUAUGUGUCAUUAGGUGCUCCAUGGGGAGGAGUGGCUAAAACUCUCCGUGUGCUGGCUUCAGGUGACAACAAUAGAAUACCUGUUAUCAGUUCACUCAAGAUUAGAGACCAGCAGAGAUCAGCAGUUUCCACAAAUUGGAUGCUCCCCUACAACUAUACAUGGUCUCCAGAUAAGAUCUUUGUAAGCACACCUACAGCCAACUACACUCUUCGGGAUUACCAAAAAUUCUACAGGGACAUCAAUUUUGAAGAUGGCUGGCUGAUGAGACAAGACACUGAACACCUGGUUUACCAGAUGACACCACCUGGUGUGCGUAUACACUGCCUUUAUGGUACUGGCGUGGAAACACCUGAUUCCUUCCAUUAUGAAAGUUUUCCUGACAAAGAACCCAAGAUUCUUUACAGUGAUGGGGAUGGUACAGUGAACUUACAGAGUGCCUUGCAAUGUCAAAAGUGGGUGGACAUGCAAAAACAGGAAGUGGUGACAUUUGAGCUUUCAGGAAACGAGCAUAUUCAAAUGCUAUCCAAUGAUACUACUAUCUCGUAUGUGAAAAAGCUGCUUUUUGAUUUGUGAUACCUUAUGUUGACAGUUAUUUCCUCACCUGUGAUGCCUUCCCUUAAAUGUGGGAAAAUGCCUUUUAAUCCCUUGAUAUUUAGAUAU